GACACUUUGACACACCUUAUUGAUACGGUUUGAGUGUUUUUAUUGCUUUCUGUGUUAUUUUUUAUGAAAUAAAGUGAAUAAUCGUGAUUAAAGCAUUUAUUUAAGUGAUCGAAUUGUUUAUUUGUGCUUAUUUGGAAAGGAGUAUUGAUUUAUUAAGAAAUGGCAGCUUUAACAGACCCUUACGGUACAACCGGGCAGCUAACAUUGAAGUGGGAUCCCAAGAAUUUGGAGAUUCGGACAACAUCAGUGGAGCGUACAUUGGAGCCUCUUGUACUGCAAGUGACUACCCUUGUUAAUAGCAAGGAUAAGACUGCUAAGAAAAAAAGACCGGGGAAAUCCAAGCGUGCGAGUGCUCUAGUAGCGACUGUGGAGCGAGCGACUGAGAUCUUCAUUGAAAGAGGUCAGACUAUAGCAUAUGAGAAUCCGGAGAUCACGCAGGAGAUGCUUGCUGCGGUGGAGGAGGUCAGGAAAGCUGGUGCGGCCAUGUCCCUGGCUGCGCGUGAGUUCUCUGAGGAGCCGUGUGCGUCAGCUGUACGUAGUGCGAUGGUGCGAGCUGCGCGUGCGCUGCUGUCGGCGGUCACUCGCCUGCUUAUAUUAGCCGACAUGGUAGAUGUGCAUCUGCUGUUGGCAAAACUGAGAGCUGUGGAAACAGACUUGGAUAAGUUGAAGUCUGCAUCAUCACAAUCAGAGCUGGUGGAAUCAGCGCGUCAGUUUGGCCGCUCAGCCAACGAGCUGGCUGCACAAGCUGCCAAGCGACAGAAGGAGCUGAAGGAACCGAGGAUGAAGGAUGAGCUGGCAGCGGCCAGAGCUGUGCUGAAGAAGCAUUCAACUAUGCUUCUCACCGCUUCUAAGGUAUAUGUACGUCACCCGGAGUUGGCCGCUGCUAAAGCUAACAGGGACUUUGUAUUGCGCGCUGUUUGCUCCGCUGUUGAUACAAUAUCAGCUGUAGCACAAGGACGACCCCUGCCUGCUGGUGGCAACAACCGCCCUCCUAUUGAAGGUCCAGGAGAACUGGCUCAAGCUCUUGAUGAUUUUGAUGAGCGCAUGGUGAUGGAGCCGCUGGCGUACUCUGAGCUGCGCACGCGACCCUCGCUGGAGGAGCGGCUCGAGUCCAUCAUCAGCGGCGCUGCGCUCAUGGCUGACAGCUCCUGCACCAGAGAUGAGCGGCGCGAGCGCAUAGUAGCGGAGUGCAAUGCAGUACGACAAGCGCUGCAGGAGUUGUUACACGAAUACAUGACCAAUGCUGGUAAAGCGGAACAAUCUGAAGGUUUGGAGCGCGCUAUCGAGCAUAUGUGUCGUAAGACGCGCGAUUUGCGUCGCCAACUGCGCAAAGCGGUCGUCGACCACGUCUCUGACAGCUUCUUGGAGACGAAUGUUCCUCUGCUGGUGCUGAUGGAGGCUGCACGUAACGGCAAUGAGAAAGAAGUAGAGGAGUAUGCGAUUGUGUUCACUGAACAUGCCAACAAACUUGUAGAGGUUGCAAAUUUAGUCUGUUCUAUGUCAAAUAAUGAAGAUGGUGUGAAGAUGGUGCGUCAUGCUGCUGCUCAGAUAGAGGCACUCUGCCCACAGGUGAUAAAUGCAGCGCGAGUGUUGGGUGCUAGAUGCAGAUCUCGCGUUGCUCAGGACAACGGAGCUGCAUUCGCCGCCGCUUGGGAUGCUGCAGUACGUCUGCUGACACUUGCAGUAGACGAUGUCACCACUAUUGAUGACUUCCUCGCUGUCAGCGAGAAUCAUAUACUGGAGGAUGUGAACAAGUGUGUGGUGGCGCUGCAGGAAGGAGAUCCUGACUCCCUGGAGAGAACUGCUGGAGCUAUACGAGGGAGAGCUGCCAGGGUAUGUUCUGUGGUGACUCAAGAGAUGGACAACUACGAGCCCUGUAUCUACACCAAGCGAGUUCUGGAAGCCGUCACCGUGCUGCGAGACCAGGUGAUGUCAAAGUUCGCAGUGCGAGUAGAUGCGGCUGUGUCUGCGCUGGGCAGUGGCGCGGGCGCCGGUCUGGAUGAGAACGACUUUAUAGACGCCUCCCGUUUGGUAUACGAUGGUGUCAGAGAGAUCAGACGUGCGGUCUUGAUGAACCGGACAAGUGAUGAUCUUGAUACCGACACCGAAUUUGAACCAGUUGAAGAUAUGACCAUGGAGACCAGGAGCAGAUCGAGCGCCCAUACUGGAGAGCAUGGGGUGGACGAAUAUCCUGACAUUAGUGGAAUUACUAAUGCUAGGGAGGCUAUGCGUAAGAUGACAGAAGAAGAUAAGCGCAAGAUCUUGCAGCAAGUGGAACUGUUCAGACGUGAGAAGAUGACCUUUGACAACGAGGUUGCCAAGUGGGAUGAUGCUGGCAACGACAUCAUCAUGCUGGCUAAACAUAUGUGCAUGAUUAUGCUUGAAAUGACGGACUUUACUAGAGGUCGAGGUCCUCUCAAGACUACGAUGGAUGUCAUCAACGCGGCCAAGAAGAUAUCAGAAGCAGGCACUAAAUUGGACAAACUGACGAGAGAGAUCGCUGAACAGUGUCCGGAAUCUUCAACCAAACAAGAUCUGUUGGCUUAUCUACAACGUAUAGCUCUCUACUGUCAUCAAAUACAGAUCACCAGCAAGGUGAAGGCGGACGUACAGAAUAUAUCCGGGGAGCUCAUCGUUAGUGGAUUGGACAGCGCAACAUCAUUGAUACAAGCGGCUAAGAACUUGAUGAACGCAGUCGUGUUGACUGUCAAAGCUUCUUACGUCGCCUCAACAAAGUACACGAGACAGGGAACCAUCGCUGGCAACUAUUCCCCGAUAGUGGUGUGGCGCAUGAAGGCGCCGGAGAAGAAGCCGCUGAUCCGUCCGGAGCGGCCGGAGGAAGUGCGCGCCAAAGUGCGCCGCGGCAGUCAGAAGAAGCAGCCCAGUCCUGUCAGAGCGCUCGCUGAGUUCCAGAGCCCCGCAGAGACUGUGUAGAUAACGAGAAGGAGAAGAAAUCUGUCAAGAAAU